AUGGAUAUCCGUUCAUUUUAUUCUGUGGUGAAUGUUAAGGCCCAGAAGGCUGAUAUGGCAAAAAAGCCGCAACAAGAAAAAAGUCAGCCUGGUACAUUUUCAUCCUUUGAGGAGGGUGAACCGUUUGAGAAGGAUCAGGAUGAUGUUGAAUAUGACACAGCUGAAAUAAUAUCAGAUGAUGAUGAACCUUCAUUCCGGAUUGAAGAGCCAAGCACCCCCUCACAAAGCAAUAUCCAACACAGUACUCGUGAAGAGGAUUUCAGUGAAGUUGAACCACCACAGAGUGCACAAACAUCUGCUAGCACUGAAAAAACAACAAUACAGGGACCAGAGUGUGCUACUGAAGGGCCAAGACAGCCUGUAUUGAAAAAAUACCCACAGAAACAAAUGGGAGCACGCUUCAGGUCAUUCAGACCACAGUGGUUUCAGUAA